AUGGGCGUUUCUAGCUCUUCCUUAGUCUCAAUUUCCGUCGUGUCGAUUACGGCGCGUCGCUUCAGUGAAGUACACGGUUGGCGGACGGAGCGAAGAGUGUCGACGAAGAGGACGGAAGAUUUGGAGAAGACAUUGUUCGCAAUGGGAGCUUGUGGGAUGAUGGAGACGAUAGAAUCCAUGGACUCUGAUUCCGAUUUAGAUCAAGACGAGAAUGAUUUGGAAAUUUCGAUUGUUCCUGAAUCUUAUUGUGAUGCACGAAUUCUACAAGGGAAUGCCCACACCGAUAUUCCGAGUAACUUUGUGAUCAUUAGUAUUUCUGGAAGGAUAGGAGACAAUGAUGGAAAAGUUGAAGACCUUCUGAGACUUUUGAGGGAUGAUUCCCGAAAGUGGAAAGAAAUGACUAUCGAAGGUGGUAAUAAUUUUGGCGAAACAAUGUCUCGAGCGUUCCUCUCUGUACUCAGUUUGGCAAUGAUCAAAGUCGAAAAGUUGUGCCUGAAGACUUGGUACUCGCAAGAGGCAUUCUAUGAGUGUUUGAUGUCUGGACUCGCGUCACCAUUUUGUGUUCGUAAUCUUGAGCUGUCUGCUAAGGAAUCACACCGUCUAAAGAUGAGAGCUAUGUGCUGGCAUCAUCUCGCUGAAGGCCUCGCUCAAACCACUGCACUCCAGAGCUUUAGCUUUCACUCAGAGCGAAUCCUCUUUAGGAACCGUUUUACGACCUAUGAUGAUAUAAGUGAAGUGCUUGUGGAUGGUAUUGCGAGGAAUACUACUAUUCGACAUCUUAAACUCCAAUCUGGCAAUCUUACGGACGACAACAUCUUCCCGCGCCUCAUGAAGUCGCUUCAGCGGUACCCAAAAAAGCUGGAAUCAUUGAUGCUGUCGAGUCGAAAGAUUACAACGGACCAUCUCAAGGACUUGGCCGGCUAUCUUGGCCACGAAAAGUGCUCCUUGAAGAGGUUUGAGAUCUGUAGUUCACGAUUGUCUGAGUUUCCACUAGAAUUUUGCAAUAUUCAAAAUGAAUCAGUGGAAACCCUCGACCUGUGCAGUUUACGCGGCUGGGAUGACUUUGUCUCUGUGGUCUGCCCUAAACUUUCACGCCUCUCUACCUUGAUACUUGAUGGUUCCAAUGUCAUGGAUCUGUCGCCGUUGGAUACCCUCUUGUGCGAUGAGACAGCACUACCAAGCCUCGCACAUUUGCAACUUGGACAUACUAUGUUGAUGGAAGAGGCUCUGUCUAGUUUUGCUCCCAAGCUUCCGCGAAUGAGACACUUGCGCACCAUUGAAUUCUCUAUAUUUCAAACGGGGCGCAUACUGAUACCUUUCUUGACGCUGGCUUUGAAAAGCAAGACCCUCGAAAUGAUCUCCUGUCGUAUCGAUGACCAUGCAUUGGAAGCGGAUUUACUCCGGGUUCUAAACUUGAACAAAGCUGGACGCCGUGGGAUAGAGAUAAUGUCAAGUGGCAGUCGACCACUUGACGUCAAGCUUUGGCCAUUGAUUUUGAAACGCUGCCUCACCGUCAAGUACGUCCUCAAGAAUCUUCGAGGACAGGGUGCUGAAGCAGAGCUGCAUGACAAGAUUGCAACAGAUAAUCUAUUCUUGAUCCUUCGAGAUCAUGCUUACAUUUUCGAUGCAAUACGACAACAAGUAUCAGUUUGA